ACAUUUUUUGCUGCUUAGUUAAUUAUUAUUACACUUUAGCAUCUCUUGGACCGCCCUAACUGUCAUCUGUGUCAAAAAGUUGUCCCUGUGAAAAAGAGCUGAAGUGUAGCCAUCUGGAUAGCAGAUGUACUCCUGCUUCCCCCCUCGGUUUCAGUUGAUUCUCUGCACGAAUCCACUUCCUAACGGCGAGAGAGCAAAGCGGAGGUGAUCCCCGCUGGAAAAAAAAGUCAGUGCCAAACUGCCGGGCUCUCCCAGCUACCGAGAGGGGGCGUUCCCUGUCGUUUGGGGGCGGGUAACGACAUUUCCAGAGGGGGCAAUUUCUCUUUGGAUUGUGAUACCAAAUUCUCACACUUUCUGUCGGGAGCAUGGCAGAAAAGAAGCAGCAAAGGAAAGGAUCUGGACAUGCAGAUCACUCCCUGUUUCAUUCCAGCUUGUGGAGCAUGGGUACAACUGCGAGUGCCGCACAACAGCCCGUUUCUGUAGCGUCGCCCAUCGAGAGAGUUCACGGUAACGGCAUGGCCGACAUCAAGCAGUCCGUCGGCACGAGCCCCUUCCAGACGGUCAGCAUCCACAACAGCAAGGCCAAGUCUAUUAUCACCAACAAGGUUGCACCCGUCGUCAUCACAUACAACUGCAGGCAGGAAUUUCAGAUUCACGAUGAAAUCCUCAAGGCUAACUACAAAGUGGGACGGAUAUCAGACUCUAUGCCCGAGCACUACCUAGUGCAGGGGGAGUUCUUCUUGGUCCUGGAUGUGUACAAAAAGGCAGAUGUUCUAAACACAACUGAGAGCUGUGGGGCGCCCAACUUCCGCCAAGCCAAGGGGUCAUACCCGCUGUACGGGAUGGGUCAGCCCAGCCAAAACGGAUUCAAGCAAGUUCUCCAGAGGCUGCAGGCACAAGGACAAGAGGAGAUUAUCUUCAUCUGUGUAAGAGAGGAGCCAGUGGUGUUCCUCCACAAAGACAGCGACUUUGUGCCGUACACUCCCCGGAGGAAGGAAAAUCUGCACGAGAACCUUCACGGGCUCGAACGGGAGGAGAUGGUCGAACACCUGGAGCUCAAAAUUAGAAACGAGCUCCAUGACUUUGCCAAGCUCAACGACAACGUCUUCUACAUCUACAACGACAUUGAGUUUUUUAGCGACGAGCCGCAGAAGAUAUCCAUCACGUGUGAGGAGGACAUCCACGUGACGGAGGAGGUCUACAAGAGGCCGAUGUUCACCAUGCCGGCCUACAGAUACUACAGACUACCAUUACCAACGGAAGGAGCACCUUUAGAAGAAGACUUUGAUGCGUUUGUGAACAUACUCAGGGAGAGCCCCAGCUUGGGUUUGGGCCACAACGGAUCCCAGAAGCUGCCUGCCCUGCUGUUCAGCUGCCAGGUGGGGGUCGGCCGCACCAACCUGGCCCUGAUCCUGGGCACACUAGUCAUGAACCGCCUCAAGAGAGAUUCCCAGCGAUCACAGGUGGAAGAAACAGCUGCUGUAGAGCCCAGGCCGAUGUUUCAUGUCAUCCAGUCUCUGAUCAACAAGUUGCCUAAUGGGCAGCAGGUUAUGGAAGAGGUCGAUCAUGCAAUUAGCCUGUGUUCUGAAAUGCACAACAUAAAAGAAGCAAUAUAUGAGAACAAGAGUAAGCUGGAAGGAAUCAAAGAUCAAAUUCAGGGAAACCGUACCAAAGACUAUUUUCUCAGCAGAACCAUGCAGAGCUUGGAGCGUUACUUCUAUCUAAUUGUGUUCAAUGCAUACCUUCACGAACAGUAUCCCCUCGCCUUCGUGUCCAACUUCAGUCAGUGGAUGUGCUGCCACCCGUGGCUGUACAGGCUGCUGGCCUGCAUGGAUCUGUCCGAGCUGUCGGCUCCUGCUGAGCUGGUCACCAGCGGAGCCCGUGUCCUGGUCGCUGAUGAGUACCUGGCUCCUGACGUGCUCAGCACGGUCAAAGAGAUGAAGGCGGUCAACUUCAGACGAGUUCCCAAGAUGCCUGUUUAUGGAGUGGCUCAGCCGACAUCAGAGGCAACUGGAGCGGUUCUGGCUCAUCUGACAGAUGGAAAGAGGAAGCACAGUCACAUUUUGUGGGUUAACCUGCAGAAUGAGUUGGUGUUGGAAGGCAAUGGACAGAUAUUUGUUCCAAGGGAACCUUCAUCUCUGGAUCAGCAUAUCUCCAUCCCAACCUGUGACCCGCAGUUGCUUAGGAAAUUGGAAACAUCGUUGAAGGAGGAGAUUUUGAAGGCUCAGAAGUGGCUGGAAGUGGUGCUGGAGCAGGAGAAGCAGAUGAAGAUGUUGAAGAGCUGCCAGACAGUUCAAGAGAUUUUCAACCAGCACAAAAGCUCCCACCAGGGCCUCGUAUACAGACGCAUCCCUCUACCUGACUGCAGUGCACCCACAGAGGAGGAUUUUGAUAAGCUCCUGGACGCCAUGAAGAGUGCUUUGGCCGAGGACUCACACUCGGCUUUUGUUUUCAGCUGCUCCAAUGGCAAAGGGAGAACCACCACUGCUAUGGUCGUUGCUGUUUUGACUCUCUGGCACUUUAAUGGCUUUCCGGAAUUUCCAGAGGACGAGAUUGUGAGUGUCCCUGAUGCCAAAUACACAAAAGGAGAGUUUGAGGUUGUGAUGCAGUUGGUCCGCCUGUUACCUGAUGGGUACAGGAUGAAGAGAGAAGUGGACUUGGCCCUGGAUUCUGUCAGUGAGACCAUGACACCCAUGCACUACCAUCUGCGAGAGAUCAUUAUCUGCACCUACAGACAGAUCAAGAAUGAGAAGGCAGAGAAAGAGUGUCAGCAGCUGUUGCUGAAAAGCCUGCAGUACCUGGAGCGCUACAUUUACCUCAUCCUCUACAACACAUACCUGCAUUUAGAGAAGAAGAACUCGUGGCAGCGCUCCUUCACUGCCUGGAUGGAACAGGUGGCUGCCAGAGCGGGAGUUUAUGACAUCCUCAACCAGCUGGGCUUCUCUGAGUUUGAAGACCCCAGGGACUCGCCACUGGCCCGGCUGCGCUGCCGCUGGCAACAGCAAAACGUUCACUCACUUCCUUUUCGGGGGGAGUUUGUCUGAAACGAGGAUCGCUGCCGUUCCGCUGACACAGUACUGUGCUGUUCAGAAGAAAAGAAAUGUCAAUAGCCUUAACAUUCUGUUUAUGUUUACCCCCUCUGUGUCCUAACAUCUGUGUUUUCUAACUCUCACCUUCUGCCAGACUCAGGGGUCAUGCUGUUUUCACAUCUUUGCGAUAACAUUUUUCGCCUUUUCUACAACUUCAGUCUUUUUUUUUUUGUAAAUCCCGCUUUCUUAUUGGUGAAAAAACCUUUGUUAUUCUAAGUUUGAAGGUAAAAACUUCCAGCUUUUGCAACCCCAAAGCUGAUCUUUUACCUCGUAGCUGUUGAAAAGUUCCCAUGUACAAAGCUUUUAUUUAAGUAUUAAUGCAUCCAUGAGGUUUGUAAAGCUUAAGGAUGCUUUUCUGAGCAGUGUUUCAGGAGACGCUGUUACAUUUGGCUUUAUUUCGUUUCCAGCACACUUCCAUUCCCCGUCUGUUCUCCUACAAUUAAUGAUACGUGCAGGGACGUAGGUACUAACGUGUCCAGAAUUUUUGUUGUUGAAUUUUGUCUCUUUUGUUUCUUCUUGAGAUUGAAGUGUUAAUUUUAGCAGUUUUUGUAUUAUUCAAAUAAAAAAAAGGAAAAAAUCAAGGCAAUGCUAAAUAUGCAUCGUGAUUCUACCUGAUGCUCAUUUGUCGUUCGAUCUUUUAAAAAAAAAAAAAAAAACUCUUAUUUCUGUUGGGUCAGCUCUCAGAGGCCUUUUCUAUCCCUAAGUGUUUCUGUUGGAACAUUUCCAAUGCUCUAAUUUUUGUUAGAUUAUAAAAAAAAAAAGCAGGAUUAGCAUGUUAUGGAAGUACUUUUCAGAGAGUUUUGCUCUCCGGAAAUAAAUGUCCCACAAUUUUUCAGGCUUUACUUAUAUUCUUUCAGAAAAGUCACUAAAAGGGAGCAAAAGCAAAGUCUAUUCGCUUGAUUAUACUGUAAAAUAAAUUCUAAGAUCUCCUCUCAAACAGUUAUACAUAAACCCUUGGUAGAAAAAGUAAAGGGAUUAUUUCAUAUUUUGAUGAUUUUGAAGAGAAAAACAUGUCCGCCUGUACAUCUAUCAGUUAUUGUUAGAUAUGUAAAGACUUUUUACUUUUCAGUAUUUUGAAAGCCCAAGCUUGUUUUGUUACUUACCUGCAUUUAUUGGAAUGUAACUUGACUUGAAUGUGCAUUUUAGGAACAAUCCUGCCUUUAAAGUGACAAGAAGAGGUGAGCUAUAUUUGUAUGACUUGAGUGUAUUUUUUAACUAUGCUCUUUUUAGUUCAAAACUCUUGAGGCAUUUUGUUGUAUUCACUCCCAUGUGCCUUUUUUUUAUUAAUUUGAGACAAAAAUACCUGAUUUAACCAACUUUCUACCUUUGCUAUCAGCACUUUUUUUAUUUCACAAAGAGGAAAAAAUAAAACAUCUUUGUUGAGGA